GUUUGAUAAGCUCUGAGCCAGUCAAAAGGAGUGGCAAAUAGGACGUUUCUCUGUGAAAUUUUCAUGCAGAUCAGUCUCUGUGGAAAGACUUACAUCAAGACAUAAAGGACAAAGAGAGACACUGAGCCAAGUCACUAAAAAACAACUUAAAAAGGAAAGGAUUUGUGGCAAUAUUUUGAUAUUCGAGGGAGCACUGCUGUAAACUAAAGUAAAUAAGACACACCCAAAGAGGAAGAGGAACUUUACAACGGGUAAAGGAACUGGAUCUGACACCAGCCAACAUUAAAAAAGGAUAACAUUUUUAAGGACAUUUAAUUCGCCAUGAUUACACUCGACACUCGUGCUGUGACCACACCUGUUGGAAUUGUGCGGAUAUUGGAGGUUGUGCUAUCAUGUGUCGUCUUCAGUCUGGUGGCUUCUGUGGGGCACAAGGACACUUCAUACUGGGCCUGGUGCAUGUUUACGUGGUGCUUCUGCUGCUUCAUGACUCUUUUAAUCCUUAUCCUGGAGUUCACUAGUCUCCACGUAAAGGUGCCAAUUUCUUGGGAUGACUUCACUACUGCAUUUGCCAUGCUGGCUACCCUAAUGAUAUUGACUGCCUCGAUCAUCUACCCCACCAUCUUUGCUUGUUUAGCCUGUCCUCGCCAAAUUGCUGCUACAGUCAUAUCCUGCCUGUGUUUCAUUGUAUAUGGUACCGAGGUAGGCCUGACGCGGGCAAGACCUGGUGAGAUCAGUGGAUUCCUAUCGACAGUUCCAGGUCUGAUGAAAGUUCUUGAAGCUUUUGUUGCCUGCAUCAUCUUUAUUUCCCUCAACAAAGUCUCAAAGCCUGGCUUGCAGUGGUGUGUGGCGGUUUACUCACUCUGUUUCAUUUUCGCUCUUCUCAUUAUUAUCCUCACAAUCUGCAAACUGCUGACUUUGUGCCCCGUUCCAUUUGACAAAGUUCUUACUGUUUAUAAUGUGCUCGCUGUAAUAAUGUACCUGACGACAGUAAUUGUAUGGCCUCUUUACAGUUUUGAAAAUAAUCCAAAACCGCCAGACUGCAAUCGUACAUGUACCUGGAACAGUCAAGUGGUAGUGUCAUUUAUGUCCUGUGUCAACCUGAUUGUCUAUAUUGUGGACACAUGGUACUCAAUUCGCCUAGUGUUCAUCACAGCAGCUUAAAGAGAACACAAAUGUUAUGUUACCUUUACAAGCAAAAUAAAUAAGUGUGCAGUAAAAUAAUUUCUAUAUGCAAAGAUUUGAGAGGUAAAGAUGUAAGUGUAGUUAGCUGUUUGUGAGAUGAAGAUCUAAAUGCAUUGAAGAUUAAUGAGUAAAGGAAAUAGUUACAAAUUAUAAUAACUUGGCAAAGCAAAUAGCCAGUGAAUUUCUUCUUGGGACAAAUUAAGUCUGUCUGUCUGAUUUCGGUCUGUCUAUAUAAUCCAAUAACAACUUAGAAACAUAUAAAAAAAAUUCUAAUGACUGUAAAACUGCGUUAAUCCAGUUAGUUUUUUUAUUGUAAUAUUUUGUCACAAGAUUUUGGUUAAACUGUGUUAUAAUCUUACAUUCUGGAUUGUAUC